AUGCCCAACAAACCCGAAGGCGUCAAGAAGUCCGCCAAACAGGCCAUGGAAGAAAGGCAGGUGGAGAUGGCGGCGGAGUUCACUUGCCUACAGGAGGCCAUUCGUCUGGAGGAAGAGGAGGAGUGCAGACAGAGGGAGGAGAAGAUGAUGAAGGUGGAAGAAAAACGGAGAGCGGCGGCAGAGCGGAGACGCGAGGAGGAGCAGAAACAGAGGGACAUUGAGGAGUCACGGAGAAGGGUACUGGAGUUGGCGUCAUUGGGACACAUGGGGGUGUCAACGGUUACUAGUUGGUCCAGCACCUCCGAAGGUCCGGAGAAAUCGUGCAGCUUCUGCAUGGAGCGUAAGAGGGACUGUACCUGGACUCAGGCGUCUAGGUCCAACAGGAUCCGGAAUUGCGACAUGUGCCGUCAGCUGAAGGCGCAGUGCUCUGGCAGCGUUCCGCCGGUUAGCAUUGACAAGGGGAAGAAGCGGGAGCGAGCGGAAGGUACCCCAUCUCCCCGGGCAAAGGGGAAGAAGUGUCAGCGGAGCCCGGCGGAGACGGACGACAACGUGGAGGAGGGCAGAUGGGCGGAGUACGACAAUGAGGCCUGGGUGGCCGCUGCCAAUGACAUAGUGGUGGCGUUGGCAUGGACCAACGAACUUCUGGAGCAGAUGAGGAGCGGCUUUCGAGUGGAGGCAGCGGAAGAACCGGAGGAAACGGAGGUGGAGGUGGAGGGUGGGGGCGGUGCUGGGGUCUCCGGCGGAGAUAUGGAGACUGAUGACCUCUAG